AUGGGUUCUUCAAGAUUGCUCAUCUUCUUCAUUGCACUUCCUAUUAUCUUGAACCUUGUUGCUCCUCCUGCCGUUGCUCAAAUUGAUGACGGUGUGUGCACUUACACAGCCGACUUCUGCUGGAGAUGUUCCAAUAUUGGCACCUACAAUGAUGGCAGCAUCUACCAAGAAAACCUCAACAACCUCCUCUCUUCCUUCUCAUCCAACAAUACACAAAUCAAUUAUGGCUUUUACAAUUCAUCAAUGGGACAAGACCCCAACAAAGUGAAUGCAAUUGCAUUAUGCAGAGGAUAUGCGUCCCUCAACGACUGUCACACUUGUGUCAACGACUUGUACUUAAGUUUCGAUGUGGGACUCUGGACAUCAGUUGUGGGACUGCCACGUGUCGAAGGGGGCGAGGUUGCCCUAAUGUUGCGAUCGGUGGGUUUGGUACCGAAGGUGGAUGCCGAAGGCACCCAUGGCCCUGGUUUAGUCCCACGUGUCCGAUAUUCAUUGGCUGUUCAUUUUGGUAUAAACAGGAGUCCCCCAAGUCCUCUUGCGAGAGUUCUCGGAAGGGGAUUUGAAGUUGUCUUCGGAAGGAAAUGUGGCCCUACCGUUCGGUAG